CAGGGGUUCAGGGGUUGACAGUCUGCCGUGGUGGAGUGGCGGCUAAGCUAACUGCAACCGUCGCUACAUGUGGAGGGUAGAACGGGAGGCAUCCCCGACCCCAACUCUGUUAAAUUCCUCACAUUUUCACCCAAGCAACGCUCAAGUCAACGUUAAUCUCAAACAGGGAUAUAAUAUCUGUGUAAAAUGAAAGGUAGCCGGAUCGAGCUGGGGGACGUUACGCCUCACAACAUUAAGCAGCUGAAACGCCUGAACCAAGUCAUCUUUCCGGUCAGCUACAACGACAAAUUUUACAAAGAUGUGCUGGAAGUCGGGGAGCUCGCAAAGCUAGCGUACUUCAAUGACAUUGCAGUGGGAGCUGUGUGCUGCAGAGUGGAUCACUCUCAGAACCAGAAGAGGCUGUAUAUCAUGACACUCGGCUGUCUAGCGCCCUACCGUAGACUUGGAAUUGGUACAAAGAUGCUCAAUCACGUGCUAAACAUCUGCGAGAAGGACGGCACUUUUGACAACAUUUACCUUCACGUGCAGAUCAGCAACGAGUCAGCUAUCGACUUUUACCAGAAGUUCGGCUUCGAGAUCAUCGAGACAAAAAAGAAUUACUACAAGAGGAUAGAACCUGCAGAUGCCCAUGUGUUGCAGAAGAGCCUUCGCAGUCCAUGUGCGCCACCCAGUGGAGAGCUUCAGAAAGCAGAGUAGUGGCACACUGCUUUUUUUUUUUUUUUUUUUUUCAGUGGGAGGGGGAGAAAAAAAAAAGAAAAGCACAUGUGCCCAUCCACACAGAAACAGAACUGUGACAGAUGCCCCACGGUCAACACAUUCAACAGUUUCUUCAAAAGGACGCUAGAAAGAAAAAAAAAAAAACAGUUUUUCUGAUAUAAAAAUUGCUGCAUUUAUCUUGCAAAGAUGAUUUUCUUUCACUGUUGUUGCAUAUUUUAUUGUUCCCUUUAUUACAUUUGGUUAUUUGAAAAAUGACAGAAAGCUCUGUAUCCAAGAAUUGGUUUCUAAUGAUAAAAUGCUAACACAGAACAAUAGUAGACAUGGUGAGGGGGGGGUUCUAUUUUCAAAUCAUUCUGUCUGUGUUUGAGUUGUUUUUAUGCGGUUACCAAACCUCACGGGGGACGUAUCUAUUUUUGCAGUUCGAACGAAGCAGUGGAAGAGCUUGAAAGACCGUCACUUGACCGGUCAGUUUGGAGUGUUAGGUUGGAGCCGGUCCGUCGAGCAGGCAAGGUCCUCAUCUCGCUACCCGAAACCCCCGUGAUUCGUGGCAAGCGAGGGAGACCGGCUUGUUCGUGCGUCCAGACGGGAGGCGUAGAAAUGUUUCCCCUCGGUACGGAAGCAGGGGGAGGCUGAAUGGUUCGGUCGUGGUUGGGAAGAUGCUGUCGCCACUUUUGAUUUCCAGAGGACUCGGCUCUCUUUUUAGUUUAACUCCCCUAAACUGUUGUUUUUAUUUUUCACACUCACACGGCAAACAGCUCAGAGGUUCCCCUGGGUUUACGGCUAAAAGGUAAAAAAAAAAAAAAAAAAAAAAGCUCCUGCGUGCGGAAACCGAACAAGGAGCGGCAGUAUUAGGAGUUCUUCUGAACAGUACACCGCCUCACGUUGACUUGUAGGAGACGUAUUGAUGAUAGAUGAUUGGCUAAAUGGAUUUGAUUUGGGUAUAGCUCGCAAAUGUAUUUGCUUAAGGUGGCUAAGUAUUCAUUUCUUAAACACCUUUAGCUCCCUAUGUAGCAGCCUUACAAAUAACAAUGAUUUCUUCAAACUUUCUCCAUCCGAAAGCCUUUGUUAAUGUACCCUCAUGGGGUUUUUAUGCAGUUCUGACGGUUUGGUAAUUUUGGUCGGAUACGAUGUUUAACCCAGAAGAAGCUCUGACCCCUCUGCAUGCAAGGAGAGUUGUUCUCUCUACUGUAGUAUACGCAUGUUUUUGCUUUCUUUGAAGAAUUUUAUCUUUUCUGGAGCUCUAUAUUGUAAGACUUUUUAACGUCUAAAUAAAGGAAUUACUAUUUGCAGUAAAA